AAAUAAUUGAAAAAAUUAAUUAUAUAAGGUCCGUCUUUACACAAUUUUUGUCGGUAACAUUAAUUUCUACUUCUAUUGAAAACCUAAAAUUUGGCGCCCGUUGAUGUUCAAUCUUGCUUCUGUUAAACAGUUCAGUUCUGGAAAACAGUUAAUGCGCGCCUCAUGCUUCAAAACAAUCCCAUUUUCUCUCGCAAAACCUGCUCUCAAUGUCCACUGCCAUUUUCUUCAUCUUCGCCAUAUCAACUCCCAAGCGAAAUUCCGCAAAACCCAUGACGAUAAGCUUGAUUCCAAUGAUUAUCAAAUCCUCCACUGUCUUUCUAUAAACAAACUUGAAGAUGCACGGAAACUGAUCGACAAAACGAUAGAACGGAACCACCCCCAUUGGCUUGUCGUCCAUUUUACCUCAUUACUCACAAAAUACUCAAAAAAUGGCUUCAUUGAUGAAUCCCAAAUGCUUUUUGAGCUCAUGCCGUAUAAAAAUAUUGUUACUUACAAUGCCAUGUUGUCUGGGCUUUUGCACAACGGGAGGUUGAGCGAGGCGGUCAGCUUGUUUGAGGUGAUGCCGGAGAGGAAUGUUGUAUCAUGGACAGCGAUGAUUUGUGGUUUGGCAGAUGGAGGGAGGAUCAGUGAGGCAAGGAGGCUGUUUCAAGAAAUGCCAGUGAGGAAUGUUGUUUCAUGGAACUCGAUGGUUGUUGGGUUGAUAAGGAAUGGGGAAUUAAAGGAAGCUAGACAGGUUUUUGAUAGUAUGCCAGAAAAGAAUGUGGUUUCUUGGAAUGCUAUGAUUUCAGGAUAUGUGGAGAGUCGUAGGAUGAGAGAAGCAAGGGCUUUGUUUGAGGAAAUGGAGGAGAGGAAUGUCGUUACUUGGACUAGUAUGAUCUCGGGGUAUUGUAGAGCUGGUGAAGUGAAAGAGGGGUAUCUUUUGUUUCGGACCAUGCCAGAGAAGAAUAUUGUUUCUUGGACAGCCAUGAUUGGAGGGUUUACUUGGAAUGGAUUUCAUGAAGAAGCCUUACUGCUUUUCAUUGAGAUGAGGAGGAAAUAUGAUGUGAGGCCAAAUAGAGAGACAUUCAUAUCACUUGCUUAUGCUUGUGCUGGUAUGGGGUUUCCUCAUCCUGGUAGGCAAUUGCAUGCUCAAGUGAUUGUAAACAUGCUGGAAUAUGAUGACUAUGAUGGUAGAUUGUCUAAGAGUCUUAUCCAUAUGUAUUCUAUAUUUGGCGUCAUGGACUUUGCACACUGCAUUUUCAACAAGAACAUGCAUAACUGUAAUGUUCAAUCUUUUAAUUCUUUGAUCAGUGGUUAUAUUCGCGUUGGAAAACUUGAAGAGGCUCAAAAUUUGUUUGAGACAAUACCUGUCCGAGAUGAGAUCUCAUGGACUAUAAUGAUUGAUGCUUAUUUAAGUGUUGGGGACAUAUCUAAUGCAUCUUAUUUAUUCUAUAACAUGCCUUACAGAGAUGCAGUUGCAUGGACAGCAAUGAUCUCGGGCUAUGUCCAAAAUGAGCUUUUUGUAGAAGCUACCUAUCUAUUUUUGGAAAUGCGGGCUCAUAGUGUUGCUCCUCUAAAUUCUACAUACUCUAUUCUUUUAGGAGCUGCAGGCGCAAUGGCAAAUCUGGAUCAGGGGAGGCAGCUCCAUUGCAUGCUGAUUAAAACACAAUCUGGAUUUGACUUGAUUCUUGAGAAUUCUCUGAUCUCAAUGUACGCAAAAUGUGGAGUAAUAGAUGAUGCAUAUACUAUUUUCUCAAACAUGCUUUCAAGAGAUUUGGUUUCUUGGAAUUCCAUGAUCAUGGGGUUGUCACAUCAUGGACUAGCUACAGAAACUCUAAAGGUCUUUGAUUUGAUGUUGGAAUCUGGAACUCAUCCAAAUUCCGUUACUUUUUUGGGCAUUCUAUCAGCUUGUAGUCAUACGGGGCUGGUUAGUCAGGGAUGGAAGUUAUUCAAUGCAAUGUAUGCUGUUUAUGCAAUUCAACCAAGUUUGGAGCAUUAUGUUUGUAUGAUUAAUCUUUUGGGCCGAGCAGGAAAAGUAAAGGAAGCAGAAGAAUUUGUCUUGGGACUACCUUUCAAACCAGAUCAUCAUAUUUGGGGAGCAUUGCUUGGUGUAUGUGGGUUCGGUGAGAAAAAUGUUGAUAUUGCUGAACAUGCUGCUACACGACUCCUUGAACUGGACCCAUUAAAUUCUCCUGGUCAUGUGGUACUCUGCAACAUUUAUGCAAUGAAUGGUCGACAUGCUGAAGAGCACAAGUUGAGAAAGGAAAUGGGAUUGAAGGGUGUCAGGAAGAACCCGGGAUGUAGUUGGAUAGUGAUAAAUGGUGGAGUUCAUGCGUUUCUAUCGGGAGAUGAAUUACACCCACAAGCAGCCGAGAUGCUAUCACUAUUAUUUAAAAUUGAUAAUGCAUUGCAUCAUAAGGAAGAUGAAGUGGUAGACUAACUAUCGACAUAGAAUUUUGAAAACAAUUCAUGGUACGUUAUAUAUUGAUCAAGAUCUAUUUAUUUAUUGUAUUA